UCGUUAAUCGUUCUCCUUCUCCCCCUCCAGCUCAAAACUAAACUCACUGGACUUACCAAAUCAAUCUCUGCUCCUUCCAACUCUAGGGUUUUUUCACCAUCUUAAUCUUCCAAUUCCAAAUUCCAAUUCCUGUCCGGAUUUUCCCCCAAAUCUCUCACUUCAUGAUCCUACUCCAGAUUCUCUCUUCUCCAUCCUGCCCGCACCUGCGACAUCCUUGAGUUUUCUUCUUCGAUCCCUCACUGCUCCGGAUUAUUCUACUCCCAAUUGGGUACAUCCAAGAUUUCGAGGAUUCUGAUUUCUAUUCACUGAGCUGAGUGGGGUUUUCGAUUUUAAGGUAUGGAUGUAGAUGGAGGGAAUAAGCGCGUUUUUCAGAGGCUGGGUGCGCCUUCGGGAGAUGCGAGGAAUCAGAAGGUCUGUUUCCAUUGGAGGGCGGGCAAAUGUAAUCGCCAUCCGUGCCACUUUCUUCACCGAGAAUUAAAUGGCCCCCCGCAUGCGGCUUCGAAUGGAGCUGCUGCUGCCGCCCCCAAGAGGGGUCACGGGUUCGCCUCUGAUGAUUCCAGUGUAUCUGCUCCCCGACGGAGUACCAAUUUUAGCGGCGGCUCCACGUGGGGACGAGUUCAUGGUGGUGGUAAUAGAGUAGUUAGAAAGACAGAGAAGCUCUGUAAUUUUUGGGUUCAGGGGACCUGUAGUUAUGGUGACAAGUGUAGAUACUUGCAUUCUUGGAGUUUGGGGGAAAGUUUCUCACAUCUAACGCAGCUCGAUGGGCACCAGAAGGCUGUAACUGGGAUUGCUUUUCCAUCUGGGUCUGACAAGCUUUAUACUGGUAGCAAAGAUGAGACUGUCAGGGUAUGGGACUGCCAGUCCGGGCAGUGCAUGGCCGUUAUUAAUCUUGGUGGAGAAGUUGGUUCCAUGAUUGCUGAAGGCCCUUGGGUAUUUGUUGGCAUACCUCAUCUUGUUAAGGCAUGGAACAUUCAGACUUCAGCUGAUCUGAGUCUUAGCGGACCCGUUGGCCUAGUUUAUGCCCUUGUUGUGGGUAAUGAUUUGCUCUUUGCUGGUACACAGGAUGGGUCUAUAUUGGCAUGGAAAUUUAAUGUUGCAACCAACUCCUUUGAGCCAGCUGCAUCACUCAACGGCCACACUCUUCCUGUUGUUUCUUUAGUUGUGGGAGCUAAUAGACUCUACUCUGGUUCCAUGGAUCAUUCUAUUAAAGUAUGGAGUCUAGAAUCUUUGCAGUGCUUACAGACACUGACUGAUCAUACGUCAGUGGUAAUGUCUGUACUUUGCUGGGAGCAGUUCCUUUUGUCAUGUUCACUAGACAAGACCAUAAAGGUUUGGGCUGCUACGGAAAGUGGAAACUUGGAAGUAACUUACACUCACAAAGAAGACCAUGGUCUGCUUACCCUCUGUGGGAUGCACGAUUUAGAUGGCAAGCCUGUUUUGUUAUGUUCGUGCAAUGACAACUCAGUUCGCCUUUUCGAUUUGCCAUCAUUCUCAGAGAGGGGUAAAAUAUUUUCCAAGGAAGAAAUUAGAUCAAUCCAGGCUGGUCCAGGCGGCAUCUUCUUUACUGGUGACGGGACCGGGCUAAUGAAAGUGUGGAAGUGGUUGGCCGAGCAACCUGCAAGCAUGUGAAAUGUUACGAGCAAAACACAGUGUAAUGUAAUUUGGUCUUCUCUUCAUCGUCUUUUAUGAUAAUUUUAUACCUUUUUUUGAGGGGGAGGGGCUGGCUGGUUCCUUUGUAAUGUACAAGUUGCAGAGGAAGUAGAGGUUGAAAAUUCCAUUUUUGAUUUGUUAGUUUUUUAGGGAUGCGUCUGCUGUCUGCUGUAUUGUGUGCAAUUAAUUAGUGGUCAUAAAGCAGCAGAUUUAGAUGAAAUUGUUACACGAGGAUCAGAGUUUAUAUUUGCAGAGUGGUGGAAAGUUAUAUGUGCUCAUUAAGAAGAAAUAUAGAGCUGAAUAAGAUUCGCUAAAGAAGAUGAUUCCAAUUC